UCCGCCUCCUUCUCCACUUCGUCCUCAACCCUCUUCUUGCCCUGCUACCUAGUGACACGCGGCGUAGCCCGUCUGCGCGGACUCAAAUGGCUGCGCGAGCUCGGAAGAAGCACGCCGACGCGACGUGCGGAGCGCGCGGGACGCUGUGUGCGCUGUGGCGGGACAAACACUUGGUUUUGUUUAACGCCGAGUACACGGCUCUGGUGACGGCGUUGCUCUGGUUCGUGGAGAUCGGCAUCAACGUGUGGGUCAUUCAGAAAGUGGCGUACACAGAGAUCGACUGGAAGGCCUACAUGGACGAGGUGGAGGGGGUUAUCAAUGGCACCCUGGACUACACCCAGCUCAAAGGAGACACUGGACCGUUGGUCUACCCUGCAGGCUUCGUAUACAUCUUUGGCGCCUUGUACUACAUGACUGAUCGUGGAGCGAACAUCCGGAUGGGACAGUACUUGUUUGCUGUCUUUUACCUUGUUACCCUGCUUCUGGUAUUCCGAAUCUACCAUCGCACCCAAAAGGUUCCACCGUAUGUGUUUUUCUUUGUGUGCUGCGCUUCGUACCGCAUCCACUCCAUCUUUGUCCUGCGCCUCUUCAAUGACCCGGUGGCCAUGAUGCUGCUGUUUGCUUCAGUCAACCUGUUACUGGACGGUCGCUGGACCCUGGGCUGUGCUCUUUAUAGCUUGGCUGUGUCUGUGAAGAUGAACGUGUUGCUCUUUGCACCGGGACUCCUCUUCCUGUUGCUGUGGGAGUUUGGCCUACAAGGAACCUUGCUCAGGCUCAGCCUCUGUGCUGCUAUACAGGUGCUGCUCGGUUUGCCAUUCCUUCUGGAGAACCCUGUGGGUUAUGUCAGCCGGGCCUUUGACCUGGGUCGCCAGUUUCUCUUCAAGUGGACUGUCAGCUGGCGCUUCCUGCCCGAGGAGGUUUUUCUUAGCCGCUAUUUCCACUUAGGCCUGCUGGGGGUGCACCUGCUCACCCUGCUACUCUUCACACUUUUCCGAUGGAGACGAUCUGGAGAAAGUAUUAUGGCAUUGCUGAAGGACCCAUCCAAAAGAAGUCAUCCCGAGAAGCUCACCUCUGAUCAGAUUAUUUCCAUCCUGUUCACUUCCAACUUCAUUGGUAUGUGCUUUAGCCGCUCGCUGCACUACCAGUUCUAUGUGUGGUACUUCCACACUCUGCCCUACCUGCUGUGGAGUGGUGGGGUGAAGAAACUGGCACACCUGCUCAGGGUCCUGAUCCUAGGGCUAAUUGAGCUUUCCUGGAACACAUAUCCCUCCACAGUGUACAGCUCGGCUGCCCUGCAUGUGUGCCACUUUAUCAUCCUGCUGUUGCUGUGGCUGGCACCCCCAGCAAGUGUAAGGAGUGUCGACAAGGCCAAACGUCCGUGAGCAGACUGUUGUAUUCAAAUGAGGAUGCUUGCACACCGCUGGCCUGAGUGGAUGUAACGAAGGACUGGCAUUGGGUUAAAAAGGUGUGGUGGGGUUUCUGAGUCUUCUCCACUACUGUACCACCCCAAGGUUUGCCAUCUCGCUUUUCCUCAUUGCCGCCAGGAUGGUGAUAGGCCCACCUCUCCCAUUCAUGGUACCAGUGAAACUGUGAUGAGCUAAAUCCUUCCAUCACUUGCAACCAAAACAGGACACACUCAGGUAUAAAAUAAACUAAAUUUCCCAUAUAAUGUAUUUUAAGUUUCAGUCUCUGAUUUAAGUAUAUUUCAUUGUAUUUUUUUCCUUUGACCUCACAGGUUUCCUUAUGUAUUUUUAACAAUGAUUAAUUUGACAUGAUCCUCAUUUUGAUAUAUAUAUGAUGCUGGCCUUAUUUGUAGUAUCUAUUUUUUGAUUUAUAAGGACUUGCAGGCACAACAGUGCUCUCAUUUCACUGUUUAAUAGUCAAUGUAAAAAGCUCUGGCAGCUUAUGCGGAGGCUUUAAUAGUAAAGGGGACAUCCAUGUUAAUUUGUAUAUGCACAACAUUUUAUUGUUACUGGAGCAAAGACAUGCUUGAAGGACAAAGAUUAUCAUUCCUGACAGAAAUGAUAUUGGUAAUGAUAGUGUGGUCUUUUCCCCUACUGUUGAUGAAGAAGAGGAUUGGUUUGAAUGCUUUUUUUUGUGUUUAUAAUGUGAAACUAUCGUUGGAAACAAUUGAGCAAUGAUAAUUUCACUCAAGUUUGUUAAUGAAUAAACUUAAAGGCAGAUCAUUUGUACAUAAUCUGUUUACAGUUUGGAGUGUACCGUCAGUAUAAGUUCCUUAAUAUUUGGAAAUAAAUUUAUUCUGAACUUUUCCACACAAAGGUUUAAGAAAACAAUUAAGCCCAUUUGUUAAACUGUAAAUAGCUUUAUUUACACAUAGGCAUGAGUAUAAGCAGUCAUUCCAUGAAUCCAUGGUCCCCAAAUCCAGACAAUUCAUCAUUGUCAUGUUCUCAGUGACAGCCUUAGUGCACACUUGUCUUCUCCUGCUGAAAAAUUGUUUAUGCAAGUAUGGGUCUGUUAGUAAAAAAUGGUACUUAUAGUUUUUAAAUACAGUAUGUACAAAUGAUCAUAGCAACUAUUUGGGGAAUAUUAUUGAAAAAAGAUGUGUUGAUUUCAGUGUAUUUCUGCAGUGUAUUUGCAGCAUUUUUUUGGCUGUUUGAUAAUUAUACUGUAGAAAAUGUAUAGUUCCUUAGAAAUAUUAUGGAAAAACACAAAGGUCGCUCACUCACAUAAUGAAAGGCACAGUCACUCCAAAUACUAUUUAUGUAAGCUGUUCCUUCCUAAAUCAAUAUUUUCUAGCUAUUGAUAACAGGGGGUGUGAUGUGGUG